AUGAACUACAUGCUCUGCACCCUAUACGGGUUCGCGGUAUUCUUCAUGGUUUUCUGGUCCUCGAUGUGGCUCGUGCACAUAAUAGCGUUAGUGUCCGGUCGUUGGAAACUGCAUCGGAAGGUCGCGCAAGUGCCAACUUACGAAACGCCCUUACCCGGCGUCUCCAUAAUCAAACCAUUAAUGGGAGUGGAUCCGAAUCUUUUUGGAAACCUCGAGACUUUUUUCCUCUUGAAUUAUCCAGUCUACGAGCUUCUAUUUUGUGUCGAGGACGCAACAGACCCAGUUUUGAUGCUCGUUAACAAAUUAAUGGAAAAAUAUCCUUUGGUGGAUGCGAGACUUUUUGUGGGAGGCUGUGGGGUUGGAGUUAACCCCAAAAUCAACAACAUGCAGCCAGCUUAUGAAUCAUCGAAAUAUGAGUUGAUUCUGAUAAGUGACAGUGGGAUUAGAAUGAAGGAAGACACUUUAUUGGACAUGGUUAAUUAUAUGACAGAGAAAGUGGCACUGGUUCACCAGAUGCCGUUUACGUGUGACAGGGAAGGCUUCGCUUCUGUGUAUGAAAAAAUAUAUUUUGGAACAGUGCAAUCUAGAAUGUACUUGGCGGCUGAUUUAUUGAGGAUAAAUUGUCAUACGGGGAUGAGCGCCCUGUUGAGGAAGGCGCCGUUGGAGGAAGUUGGGGGGUUGAAGACUUUUGGAGUUUAUCUGGCGGAGGACUUCUUUUAUGCGAAAAGUUUGACAGAUAGAGGGUGGAGGAUUACAGUGUGUUCGCAUCCAGCUAUGCAAAAUAGUGGGCAUUGUGAAGUUGAAAGUUUUCAAGCAAGGUUGAGAAGAUGGGCGAAACUCAGGGUGGCGAUGCUUCCAACGACUAUAGUGCUGGAGCCCCUCAGCGAGUGUUUACUUUUGGGCGCUUGCGCCUCCUGGGCAGCUAGUGUGCUUUUUGAAUGGGACUCUCUAGUUUUUUACCUGGUGCACAUACUUUUGUGGUUUAUGUUUGACUGGACAAUGUUGUGUGUCGUGCAGAAUGGACCACUUCCGUUCAACAAGCUGGAAUUUAUGUGUGGGUGGCUGCUUAGUGAAACGACAAGGCCAUAUCUGUUCCUGCAGGCAGUAUUAGAUCCACUGAUUCAGUGGAGGUCUCGAGUCUACAAGUUAAGAUGGGGAGGAGUAGCUGAGGAAGUCAAGGCUAAAAUCAAAUACUGAGGGGCACAGUGCGACUUCAGUCGAUUCACCGGUACUUAAGUGCAUGCAUAGAGACUCUUAUAUGUAUGUAUGUACAUGUAUAUAAAUGAUACAUAUUACACAAUAUGUAUAUAUGAAACGUAUGCCAACAUACCAUAUUUCGUAUCAUGUAUAAUAGUAUACGUUUAAAGAAUCUGGAGUAUUAGGUGUAAUACGAAAUAUUUCCAAGAAGCAUACUAUAUUCAAAUUCACAGUAUGCUCGAAGCCAGUCCAAUGAACCGAGAACUAUCUUACCUAUAAUAGGUAGUAUCAUUAGCAAUUAAGGGAAUCUUCAUAUUUUAUUUAUUUCCGAAGUUCUUUCUUACCGAAUCUUGCUGCUGUCAGCCGAAUAGAGCAAGAAAAGAAAGAUAAGCGAAAUCGAUUUUUGUUUCAAUCAAAUGUGUGUUCAUUUCAUUUAAGGACGAGAGAUAUAAUUGUAUAGAAAAACCUUAUGACGAGCACAAAAACUGUCUGAGAGAAAGAAUAAACGAAAGAAGGAAAACUCAGUGCUCAAAACAGUCAAAUUCAUUGUAACCUAGUUUUAGUUAGGCAUUUGGAUAGGUCAAUGUUAGGUAAAGAAAGUAGGUUUGAAUGACUUCGUCGACUGGAUGCAAAGGAGCAAAAAAAACAAUUCGUCCCUUGCGUGAAGGCGAAGGCAAACGAUAUCUAGUUUCAAUUAAGUUUUAUGUCCUCCAAUAAAGUUUCUAAAAUGUGAUAUGGCUUUGUACAGGAUUUAUAAAAACUAGCUUUAUUAUAGAUAUCUUUGCACGAGACCAAACAUUUUAUAGAAGGAAUUUUUUAUUGGGUAGCUCAUUUUUACCUUGCAAAAUUGCAUGAAAAGGUUUGUGCCAAGGGAUAAAAUUAAUCGAUCAAAGAUUUUUUUUUCGCACACAGGACGAAUUCUUUUUGUCGGUUGGCGAGCGAAAACCCUCUGUCUGUGACAAUGAAAUAUCACUUCGGAUGUACCUCAUUUCUAAGUAGAAUUAGGAAUAGGCGCUUAGGCAAGUAAAGUUUGAACCCCAAAAUGGGUGAACUUGAUUGAUAGCUAAAUUGAUUAGUAGUUAAACAGAUGCUCGCGUAUAUGAUGAUUUUAAAGUGGCGAAAACGCAUAUCAUUCCUAUUUCCUACACGAGGGCUGGUUUUACGACAAUUUGAACGUAACGAGGCCGGUACUUUGCCUCGGCUACAAAGCGAAAGUAGUAAGUAGAAAUGACGUUCUAUCUUGAAAAUGAGAGCAAACGGAGAGAGAUAUAGUCUUCAGAUUUAAAAAUUGAUUUUAAAAAGACUGCUGCAAACUGAAUGCUCAGUAUUAAAAAGGCAACGUUGGGCAUAGUCAAAAUUAGUACAAAAUUAUUUAAUAAAAGUUUUGAACUAAAGUGUUAAGAGGAAGGAAAUUUUCAGCGUCCUUAACCUUCAAAAACGCAUAAAAUUUUAUUUGUGAAAUUUAUUUUAAUUCUUGAACCAGCUCUCGUGCAGAUUUCUUGGCAGUGUUGGGCGAAUAUAGGCGAUAAUCAAUUGAGAGGAAAUGUCCUUAUUCUCAGUGAGUACGAUUUGGAAUGAACAAGUGGGAAAAAAUUAGUGAGUGAAAAUAUAAAGAGUUGAGUAAAAUAAUUUUGGAAUACCAAAGAUAAAAUUUAAUCUUGCCAUAAGUAGGAAUACUUUUGUCUUGUUUUGCAGUUAUAGAUUAUGAUGUUUCAAUGCAAAAUCUACGCGACCUACAAGUGAUUCGAUCUUCCGCUUCGAGUUAACUUUUUUCAAAGCAUCUUAGGUACAUACAUAUAUACCUUUUCGGACAACACUUAACCGUGGUCUCGACCUCUAAUUCUUAUUGUAACGCGCGACAGCCUCGGCUUUUUCCUACCAUUGUGAUUUAAGAACAUCCCUUCGUGCGCAAACGGGACCUUUCAAAAGUGGCUUCCUCUUCUUGACUUUAUAAUGGCAACAUUCGCGACACCUCGCUUUUUACAAGUGUCCUUAAAAGUUGGUACCAUCCUUGUAGCCUGAGUGUUUUAUAUCAGACGCCCGUACGCUUUUCCAAAUAAAGAUUCAUGCGCCCUUGAUCGAUUGCCUGAGGCGGAAGAGGCGCUUUCACACUCCACGAAAAACGCAAUCUGACGAUCUACUCUGGGGAAUGCAAAAACUUACGUUUAGUCAUAUUAAUAUUUUCGAAAUAUUUCUGAGCCUAAAAUACCUAUAAUUUAGGACUGCAAUUUUUGUAAGAACGCAUACGAACAAAAAAGAAAAGCUUAAAAGAUGUAGAAGGUGCAAUUUUAGUUUAUGCUUCUUGAUUUAUUACGUAAGUUUUAAUUUUUCGAAAUUUAGUAUUGUUAAUUAGGAACUCAUCGAUAUUGAAGGACUCUGAAAUGAAGAAUGAGAGUGAGGAUAGAGGCGUAUACGAGUUUAUGAAAGGAAGGGUGAAACAUUGUUCGAAAUGAUUAAACUUUUUUAUACCAGUUUUA